UUUGUUUAUAAAUGGGCAGUUACACAGGAGGCGACAGUGAAGGAGCAGCUAGACUGUGGGGUCAGAUAUCUUGACCUGAGGAUCGCACAUCGACCCAACGACACCUCUACUGACCUGUACUUCUACCAUGGAGUGUACACUACACUCACUGUAGAGACCGUUCUUCAGGAGAUCAGAUCCUGGCUAGAUGUCCAUUCUAGAGAGGUGGUUCUGCUGUCCUUCAGUCACUUCCUGGGUCUGAACCAGGACCUCCACACUGGACUUAUAUCCACCAUCAGAACCAUCUUCAACGCCAGGCUCUGUCCAACUACGGAAGUGGUGACGCUGAGGAACCUGUGGUCGUUGGGUUACCAGGUGAUUGUCUCCUAUGAGCACAGCAUGGUCAGCCUCUAUAGUGACCUUUGGCCUCACAUCCCCUACUGGUGGGCCAACAAGUGUAAAGCCGAGGCUCUGAUCGAGGAGUUCGAACACAGGAAACAACAUGGCCGCCCAGGAGGGUUCUUUGUGACGGGCAUCAACCUGACAGAGGAUCUGAAGUACAUCUGUUCUCACCCCACUGAGUCUCUGAAGGACCUGGUGAUGUCUACCUACCCUGCCCUGCUCUCCUGGGUCAGGGGCCAGAGCCCCGGGUCCGAGUCCCACUCCCUCAACAUCAUAGCUGGGGACUUUGUCUCAGAGAGCCACUUCGUACCCACCGUCAUCGCACUGAAUCAACAUUUAGUCCACUGCACUGGUCCUUGUGAUGUUAGCAGAGGAAACUGACCCAUCUGCUGUGUCCCAAAUGACACCAUAUUACCUCUGUAGCCCAUAGGCCUCUGGUCAAAGUCGUGUGUGUGUAGGGAAUAGGGUGCCAUUUGGGAUGCAUUAUCUGACACAUCUUAUUGCACAGAAUACCAUGUUUUAACUAUGCUGUAGAAGAGGAUGGGACUGCAGCAUGAUACCAUGUUUUAACUAUGCUGUAGAAGAGGAUGGGACUGCAGCAUGAUACCAUGUUUUAACUAUGCUGUAGAAGAGGAUGGGACUGCAGCACGAUACCAUGUUUUAACUAUGCUGUAGAAGAGGAUGGGACUGCAGCACGAUACCAUGUUUUAACUAUGCUGUAGAAGAGGAUGGGACUGCAGCACGAUACCAUGUUUUAACUAUGCUGUAGAAGAGGAUGGGACUGCAGCAUGAUACCAUGUUUUAACUAUGCUGUAGAAGAGGAUGGGACUGCAGCACGAUACCAUGUUUUAACUAUGCUGUAGAAGAGGAUGGGACUGCAGCAUGAUACCAUGUUUUAACUAUGCUGUAGAAGAGGAUGGGACUGCAGCAUGAUACCAUGUUUUAACUAUGCUGUAGAAGAGGAUGGGACUGCAGCACGAUACCAUGUUUUAACUAUGCUGUAGAAGAGGAUGGGACUGCAGCAUGAUACCAUGUUUUAACUAUGCUGUAGAAGAGGAUGGGACUGCAGCAUGAUACCAUGUUUUAACUAUGCUGUAGAAGAGGAUGGGACUGCAGCAUGAUGUAAUAGAACUUUGCUUGUAAAAAAAAACUUGAACAAUACAUUCUCAUAGGAUAUAUUUGCACAAUUAUAUUGACGACAGUGAAAUGUUUGCCUGUUGAGCUCCUCUCUUCUCUUCCUGUGUUGACCUGCUCUCUUUUUCCCCCUGAUCUGCACUGAUUUAUUUAUCUGUUUACUUUGGACUUUUGUUAUCUUGUUUACUAGCCCUAACCCUAACCUUCUAACCCUCUAUCCCUAACCCUCCUCUAACCUUCUA